UGCAAGAGGGAGGGAAAAGGGCAUUUGGUGGGAACCGGGAAGCGAAGAAGGGGAGGGAAACGAUGCCAGUGGCUACGCGAGAGACAUCUGAUGCCAGAAUUAUUGCUCACGUAGAUAUGGAUUGCUUCUACGUUCAAGUUGAACAGCGAAAGCAGCCAAGUUUAAGGGGCUUGCCUACUGCUGUCAUACAGUACAACUCAUAUAAAGGUGGGGCCUUAAUUGCUGUGAGCUAUGAGGCCCGUAAAUAUGGUGUGAAGCGUUCAAUGAGAGGUGAUGAAGCACAGGAGGUGUGCCCGCAAAUUCAGUUGGUUCAAGUCCCAGUAGCACGUGGUAAAGCUGACCUCAACACAUAUCGUAAUGCAGGUUCAGAGGUUGUAUCAGUCCUUGCGAGCAAGGGUCGUUGUGAGAGGGCUUCAAUUGAUGAAGUUUAUAUGGAUCUUACUGAAGCUGCCGAAGCAAUGCUAAAGGAAUCUUCUCCAGAAAACCUGGAUGAUAUUCAUGAGGAAGUUCUCAAGUCACAUGUUUUGGGGCUCCAUGUUGAGGAUGAACGUGAUGCGAAAAGAGAAGUUAGGAAGUGGCUUUGCAGGAGUGAUGCUGAUUACCAUGAUAAACUAUUGGCUUGUGGGGCCAUCAUUGUUGCUGAACUCAGGAUGCAAGUGUUGAAAGAAACUGAAUUCACAUGUUCUGCUGGUAUUGCUCAUAACAAGAUGCUUGCUAAACUUGCUAGUGCUAUGAACAAACCUGCACAACAAACUAUUGUGCCACGUUCAUCUGUCAAAGGAUUGCUCGAGUCUUUUCCAAUAAAGAAAAUGAAACAGCUUGGGGGAAAGCUGGGGAGUUCUUUGCAAAGUGAUCUUGGUGUCAAUACUGUUGGCGAGUUGCUUAAGUUUUCAGAGGAGAAGCUACAACAACGUUAUGGAAUCAAUACGGGUACUUGGCUAUGGAAUAUUGCAAGAGGUAUCAAUGGGGAAGAAGUGGAAGGGCGUCUACUACCUAAGAGCCAUGGUUCUGGCAAAACAUUUCCUGGGCCUCAGGCUUUGAAGACAAUUUCUUCAGUUCAGCACUGGCUUAAUCAAUUGUGUGAAGAGCUGAGUGAGCGUCUUCAAUCUGACUUGGAUCAAAAUAAGCGUAUUGCACGCACACUGACUCUGCAUGCUAGAACAUAUAAGGGUGAUUCGGAUUCGCAUAAAAACUUCCCUUCUAAAUCCUGUCCACUAAGAUAUGGGGCUGCAAAGAUUCAAGAAGAUGCUAUAAAUCUGUUUCAAGCUGGAUUACGUGAAUAUAUUGGCUUUCACAACAAUAAAUCUCAGGGAAGCCAAAACAGCAGUUGGGGAAUAACAUCACUUUCUGUUGGUGCAAGUAAAAUGGUCAACAUACCAUCUGGAACACAUUCAAUUGUUAAAUACUUUGGUGGGCAAUUGCCACCCUCCUCAUCUCUGAAACAGCCCCCAGAAAAUGUAAUCCAUGAAGCUGCCCCAUCUUCACCUUCAGGCAGCGAAAGUUGUUCGGGAUUGAAUUCAUAUGAAUCACAGCUUGGAUAUCCUGAAGAAGACACAAGAGUGAAAUAUUUAAAGGCUAGUUUUGGUGAACAGAUACAGUUGCAGGACUCAUCUUGCGACUUAUCCAGGCAGGGAGAUGGCUUGACUGAAGAAUCUCCCCUUUCAUCCUCCCAAGCUUUUCAUUCGUGGAAUGAAAAUGGAACAACUGAGAGAGAGGCACAACCAGAGCCUAAGCGCAUUCAUGCUAUUCCUACAUUGAAAGCGGUUGUGAAGAAAAAUACAGCUAAAGAAAAGGGCAAUUGCUCAAUUUUAGAACUUUUCAAGAAUUACAGUGAUCAGUGUACUUCUUCGGAGAAGCAGCAUGCUACUAAUGCCCAAACUGGAAAAACAUCAUCAAUAGGAUCUGAGUCUAAUUAUAAUAGUGAUUCAACAUGUAAUCAAGUUGAGUCGCUAAAAGAGAUCUAUUGCGAAGCAAUUGGGACAAACAAUCGGGGAAGUAGUUCAACUCAAGCGGUAGAAGGAAGACCAUCAUGGAGUUAUAGAAUGGAGGAGAUUGACCCCUCUGUAGUUGAUGAGUUACCACCAGAAAUUCAACAAGAGUUUCGAGCCUGGCUUAGGCCCCUUAAGCGGCCCAAUGUAGUUAAAAGAGGUUCUAUCAUUACCCACUAUUUCUCUGGCAACAAAAAUUGACCAACAUGAUUCGAUUAGUGGUACUGUUCUACUGUAAAUAAUGACACUGAUAUUUCAGGUUAAAAUAUUAGUAUAUGUAUAGUGAUUUGUUUCAACAGGCUUAGUCAAGGAAUGGCGUUGUGUUGUAUGAUAGGUGCUGUAGUGUGAAUGUGAUUGGUCUCAUAUUUUAUUAUUCAUUCCUCUAGUGUUGAAUCCCAAGAAAGCUGGCUUUGGAGAAUCUUGUGCAAAUCGAUUUUGGAUUUUUUUCCCCCCCGUGGUAGAUAAAUAAUUGUAUACAGUGCU